GUCCACGCGAAUUGCCGUCUGCGGAGGAUAUUCUUCAGCGAUCGUCUCUAUAAAGAAUCUGAGCUUCCGGCUGAGUUCAAACUGUACCUCCCUGUUACCCAAGCUAAGGCUGAAACGUGAUGAGGCUGUUUUGGAAGAAAUGAAACAUUCUUACUUUAUUCAGAAUUCUGCUCAACCCUCCUUUCCCGUUGCUCAGUGUCUGAUGAUCGACUCUCGCAUUGUACGAGACGUUGGCGAAUGCGGUCACUGUUUCGAUGACCGACUUCUCUGCAAUAAGAACCUGUACUUCAAAUCAUCAGCUGUACAUUACCCUAGUAUCUGUUCAGCACUAGAAAAAAACAGGUCAUUACCUUACGAGAUGCUAGACAUUGUGAAGUGUCCGGAAGACUAUCUUCUCGCUUACAGUGGCUGUUCCCACACCAAGAAGGUAACUCUUCACAAACAGUGCUAUUAUUUACCAUCUGCAUCUAAUAUACAGCUGCGAAUGCUUCCGGCCUUAUCCAAGGGAUAUGUUUUGUAG